CCCACAUACAAAGAUAAUACAAUAAGACAAGGUUAUACAGUAAUAUAAUCUUUUGAUUCUUGGGUAUAAACUAAUUCCCAUAGUAUUCAACGACUUUGAUUACUCCUUUUUAACUAAUAACAUUUCUUCAAUAGCCAAUCUCUUACACUGGAGAAAGAAAUAGAUUCUGCACUCUUAUGGCAAACAAGAAACUGAGCUUGAUCACCCAGGGUCCAUAUGUCUUAUUGGACAACGGUUUGGUGAGGCUCACAAUUCUGAAGCCUCAAGGCUACUUAACUGGUAUCAAGUAUGGAGGAUUGGACAACCUUUUAGACCUCAAAUCAAGUGAAUCUAGUAGAGGAUAUUGGGACAUCAAUUGGAGCUUGCCCGGGGGUCAGGAUAGAUAUCAACUACUAAAUGGGGCUGUUUACAGGGUCAUUGAAAGGACAAAUGACUGUUUGGAGGUCUCAUUUAAGAGUAGUUAUAAUCCUUCAAUUCGAGGCACCAAGCUACCACUUACUGUUGACAUAAGGUACAUAUUGAAGAGUGGUGUUUCAGGAUUCUACUGCUAUGCAAUAUAUGAGCGUCCUGCUGGAUGUCCUGCUUUUGACCUUGCUCAGACAAGGAUGGUCUUUAAGUUGCGAAGAGAAAAGUUCCACUACAUGGCUAUCUCUGAUGAGAAGCAAAGGAUAAUGCCAAUGCCAGAGGAUCUACUUCCAGGUAGAGGCAAACAGCUGAUUGUGCCAGAGUCAGUUCUGUUGGCAAAUCCCAUCAAUCCUGAUCUCAGGGGAGAGGUUGAUGAUAAGUACCAGUAUUCAAUGGACAAUAAAGACGGUGGAGUUCAUGGAUGGAUAAGUUCUGAUCCCAUUGUUGGGUUCUGGAUAAUCUUUCCAAGUCAUGAGUUUCGAAAUGGAGGUCCUACCAAGCAAAAUCUCACAGCCCAUACGGGACCAGAUUGCCUGGCUAUGUUUCAUGGAACUCACUAUAUUGGGGAUGACAUAUUAGCUCAUUUUCAAGAGGGAGAAGCAUGGAGGAAGACAUUUGGCCCCUUCUUUGUCUACCUCAAUUCAACAACAAAUGUAUCAAAUGCAUAUAAUUUGUGGAAGGAUGCUAAAAAGCAGAGGCUACUUGAAGAGGCAGCGUGGCCUUAUGAAUUUGUCUCGUCUACUUAUUAUCUUACUGCUAAAGAUCGUGGUUCUGCUACUGGAAGACUGUUUGUCCAAGACAGGUUUAUUUCUGGGUCUCCGAUUCCUGCUAAACAUGCACAUGUUGGUCUAUCAGCAGCACGAACUGCAGGAGCCUGGCAAACAGAAAGCAAGGAUUAUCAAUUCUGGGUGCAAACAGAUUCAAAUGGAAACUUUACCAUCAAGAAUGUUAUCCCCGGGGUCUAUGGACUCCAUGGCUGGGUUCCAGGUUUCAUUGGUGAUUAUCUUGACAAUGCACUAGUUACCAUCUCUGCAGGGUCAGAAACACAACUGGGAAAUUUGACAUAUGUUCCCCUCAGAGAUGGUCCAACCGUAUGGGAGAUUGGCUUCCCCGAUCGUACAGCAGUUGGCGACUAUGUUCCUGAUGCGAAUCCUGCAUUUGUCAACAAACUAUUUAUCAAGAGCCCUGAGAAGUUCAGGCAAUACGGCUUGUGGGACAGAUACACAGAUAUGCAUCCUGAAUCAGAUCAAACCUUCACAAUAGGCAUGAGCGAUCCAAAAACAGAAUGGUUCUUUGCUCACGUAGACAGAAGAUGGGCAGAUAAUAAAUAUGUUCCAUCAACUUGGACAAUCAAAUUUAAUCUUGAUUCAGUAAACAGUGGAAAUUACAAAAUGAGAUUGGCCAUUGCAUCAGCAACCCGUUCUGAUCUUAAGUUACACUUCUUGCAGGUCUAUAUGAAUGGUAUGGAUGUAGAACACAUGGUCUUCCAAGUGAUGAAUUUGGGAACAGACAAUACAGUUUGUCGACAUGGAAUUCAUGGGUUGUAUCAGCUAUUCAGCAUUGACGUUUCCUCUUCAUUGUUGGUAACGGGAGACAACUCCAUGUUUCUUGCACAGGCUAGGGGUGGAGAUGCACUUUGUGGAAUUCUCUAUGAUUACGUAAGGCUAGAGGCUCCAGCACCUCCUGGAAACCCUUGUCGGUCAGAAGAAGCAUUUGACCUGGAUGCAAAACUUAUAUAACUUAGAUUAUAUUCAUGACUGCAAAAGAAAUUGCUUAGUUGUUUCUUCCAUGGCAGAAGUUGAGAAGGUUCUUGCUUGAGUUAGCAUUUGCCAGCUUUACACAAAAUGUACAAUCAUGGCCGCACCAAAUUUUUUUGUGAAGAGAACAUUGUAAUUUCUCUAUAAAGAAACAAUUUAUGAUAUUUACAUCAUAAAGCCA